UUUUUUUUUGUUUGUUUGUUUGCUUUUUGUUUUUUUGUUUUUCCUAUUGAGUGAGUCAGAGAAAGCCUUAAGAAGAAGCCUCAACUAAUGUCUGUGAACGAAGGACCGUGAGGAGAGAGUGAAUACGAUUCGUUCCUCUGCUUCUGACUCAUCCCGCAGAUCAGAACACCUGCAUUUCUGGAUGUGUCAUUCCCGUAUACCGAGGCGCCUGGAGAAGCGGAAAUAAUGUGUAGAUCAACCCAUGCCUAACCUCCCCUUGGAGGUGGAGGUAGUUUCCCCUGGUGGGUGCCCUGGCAGAACCGCGGUGGCUGCAGCUCUUCACCCUCUGCCUUCUCCAAGUCGACCAGAGACCGUGAGAGCCAGACUGCAGAAUGCAUCACGCCAAGCCUUGAUGUAUUCCAGCCACCCUACUCCUCCAAUUUAAAAUACUACUACUAAUAAUAAGGGGGGAAGCCUACACUGUAUUCUCUUCAAAUAUCCACCACUCUUUUUCCUCGCCAAGGUUUUCUUUUCUAGAUGAAAAGGACUGGGAGGCUGGGCCACUGGAAGGAGGUGCUGAAUAGAAAGAAAAGAGAGCCACUUGACAGCCCAGCCCUGUGAAUGCAGAGACUGUUUCCCUCCUAGCGAGAGACAGGGCGAGUGUGUGUGUGUGCUAGGACUGGGAGGGUAGCUCCCUCCUCCUUUCUCGUCUGCCCCCCCCUCCCCCUUCAAAUCUGCACGUCUAACCAUGAGUUGCCUGUUGAUUUCCUUUCGCCUGGCGAGAGAAGCAAACUGGAAUUAAACUGCAGGCAGAAGAGUCUCUGCUUGCAGGAAGAGGAUGGGAUGGUAGUGGCGGCUCCGGGCUUGGCGUAGAGACACCAGAGUGUUCUACGAACAGACGCGGAGAUAUAUCUCUCUAUUUUCUCCUCCCAACAGGCUCUCGGCGCAAAUGCUGAUCAGGCUGUGGCUUUCUUGAUUUUGGGGGAGAACCUUCUCCGAGGAGGAGAAGGAGGAGCUUGGUAAGGGGGAGGAAACUACAAAUCGGGACACUUUUUUUUUUCCGCUGCAUUUCCUCCCCUCCCUCUGGCUGCUCGGAAAGAAGAGAGAAAAAGAAGAGGAAAAAAAAAAAUACUUGGCUCGCAGAUGCAGUCCGCUGCCGCCGCCGCUGCCUAAGCCAGCAAUGCAAGAUUAGAUCUUUAAAUGCAGCAAUACAGUGCCUAAAAGCCGACCAUCCUGCACAACGAGCAGACAUUUCUCUGUGAGCCAGGGCAGCCUCAAAUAUACAUAUGUAUCUGUGACUCUUUCUUCGUCCCUACUCAUUCCCAUCAAUCUCGUCACCGAAUACCAGUAACUAAAGGAUUCCACUUUCUGAUCUGCCUGGAGACACACCUCCCGAAGCCCUCCCCCACUCGAUUUGAAGAGUAUUCUGUAGGCUGCCUGAGGGAGUGGAUUUUGCAGCGCCUAGCGGGAGUGAGGAAAACCCACCAAUCCUUCGGCUCAUUAUCAUCUCUUCCAGACUCGAUUUCCUUUUUAUCGCCAGCCUCAUCACGCAAGUUUGAACCUCCUGAAGUCCAGGCGGGAGAGACAAAGCCUUGGGCUUGCCCUCAGCCGCAGGGAGUCGCCGCCUUUGCUCGGAGCUGCUGCAGCUUCGCAGCGCGGCUUCAUCUCUCUCUGUGCGAAUGCUGUAGAUCAACAGGUUCGGGCAACUUGAGCGGAAUAAGGAGAGACUGCCUGGUGCCGCAGCCCGGGUGCGGAGGGAAGGAAGGACUCGCAGACUUGUGGCUCGCUCCGAGCUCUUACGCUCCGCCCCGGUUCCAGACUGGCGCGCACCCACCAGCUAGCACCUCCAGUCCGGCUGCUCCGGUUCCCACCCCAACGGUCUGGGAUGUACCUUUCCAUCUGUUGCUGCUUUCUUUUGUGGGCCCCUGCCCUGACACUCAAAAACCUCAACUAUUCAGUACCAGAGGAGCAAGGGGCCGGCACGGUGAUAGGCAACAUCGGCAAGGAUGCCCGACUGCAGCCCGGGCUUCCGCCCGCUGAGCGCGGCAGCGGCAGCGGGAGGAGCAAGUCCGGCAGCUACCGGGUGCUGGAGAACUCCGCACCACAUCUGCUGGACGUGGAUGCUGACAGCGGGCUCCUCUACACCAAACAGCGAAUCGACCGUGAGUCCUUAUGCCGCCACAAUGCCAAGUGCCAGCUCUCCCUAGAGGUGUUCGCUAACGACAAGGAGAUUUGCAUGAUCAAGGUAGAGAUCCAGGACAUCAACGACAACGCUCCCUCUUUUCCCUCAGAUCAGAUAGAAAUGGACAUCUCCGAGAACGCGGCACCCGGCACCCGCUUCCCCCUUACGAGCGCUCACGACCCAGACGCUGGCGAGAACGGGCUCCGCACCUAUCUGCUCACCCGCGAUGAUCAUGGCCUCUUUGCACUGGACGUCAAGUCCCGCGGCGACGGCACCAAGUUCCCAGAGCUAGUCAUCCAAAAGGCGUUGGACCGCGAGCUGCAGAACCACCACACUCUGGUGCUGACAGCCCUGGAUGGCGGGGAGCCUCCACGCUCCGCUACGGUGCAGAUCAAUGUGAAGGUGAUCGAUUCCAAUGACAACAGUCCAGUCUUCGAGGCUCCAUCGUACUUGGUGGAACUGCCCGAGAACGCUCCACUGGGUACGGUGGUCAUUGAUCUGAACGCCACCGAUGCUGAUGAAGGACCCAACGGAGAAGUCCUCUACUCCUUUAGUAGCUAUGUGCCUGACCGCGUGCGGGAGCUCUUCUCCAUCGAUCCUAAAACUGGCCUGAUCCGCGUUAAGGGCAACCUGGACUAUGAGGAGAACGGCAUGUUAGAGAUCGACGUGCAGGCCAGAGACCUAGGACCUAACCCAAUUCCAGCCCAUUGCAAGGUCACAGUCAAGCUCAUCGACCGCAACGAUAACGCGCCGUCCAUUGGUUUCGUCUCCGUGCGCCAGGGGGCGCUGAGUGAGGCCGCCCCGCCUGGCACAGUCAUCGCCCUAGUUCGGGUCACUGACCGAGACUCAGGCAAGAAUGGGCAGCUUCAGUGUCGAGUUCUAGGUGGAGGAGGGACUGGGGGUGGAGGUGGCCUGGGAGGUCCUGGUUCCGUCCCCUUCAAGCUGGAAGAAAACUAUGACAACUUCUACACCGUGGUGACUGACCGUCCGCUGGACCGUGAGACACAAGACGAGUACAAUGUGACAAUAGUGGCCCGGGACGGCGGCUCCCCUCCACUCAACUCCACCAAGUCCUUCGCUGUCAAGAUUCUGGAUGAGAAUGACAACCCGCCUCGUUUCACCAAAGGACUGUACGUGCUCCAAGUACAUGAGAACAAUAUUCCAGGAGAAUACCUCGGGUCAGUGCUCGCCCAGGAUCCCGACCUAGGCCAAAAUGGGACAGUGUCAUACUCCAUUCUCCCCUCACACAUCGGUGACGUGUCCAUCUACACCUAUGUGUCCGUGAACCCCACUAACGGGGCCAUAUAUGCCCUGCGCUCCUUUAACUAUGAACAGACGAAGGCUUUUGAAUUCAAGGUGCUGGCUAAGGACUCGGGGGCGCCCGCGCAUUUGGAGAGCAACGCCACGGUGAGGGUGACAGUGUUAGACGUGAAUGACAACGCUCCAGUGAUUGUGCUUCCCACUCUACAGAACGACACCGCUGAACUGCAGGUCCCGCGCAAUGCUGGCCUGGGGUACCUGGUAAGCACAGUUCGAGCCCUGGACAGCGACUUUGGAGAGAGCGGGCGCCUCACCUAUGAGAUUGUGGAUGGCAAUGAUGACCACCUGUUUGAGAUCGAUCCGUCCAGCGGCGAGAUCCGCACGCUGCACCCCUUCUGGGAGGAUGUGACCCCGGUGGUGGAGCUUGUGGUGAAGGUGACCGAUCAUGGCAAGCCCACCCUGUCCGCCGUGGCCAAACUUAUCAUUCGCUCCGUGAGUGGUUCCCUGCCUGAAGGGGUACCGCGAGUGAAUGGUGAGCAGCAUCACUGGGACAUGUCGCUGCCUCUCAUAGUGACACUAAGCACGAUUUCGAUCAUCCUCCUAGCGGCCAUGAUCACCAUCGCUGUCAAAUGUAAACGGGAAAACAAGGAGAUUCGCACUUACAACUGCCGCAUCGCCGAGUACAGCCACCCACAACUAGGCGGGGGGAAGGGCAAGAAGAAGAAAAUCAACAAAAACGAUAUCAUGCUGGUGCAGAGCGAGGUGGAAGAGAGGAACGCCAUGAACGUCAUGAACGUGACAGACAAUUUUCCCGCAGAGCCCAAUUACAUGGGCAGCAGGCAGCAGUUUGUUCAAAGUAGCUCCACGUUUAAAGACCCAGAAAGAGCCAGCCUGAGAGACAGUGGGCACGGGGACAGCGAUCAGGCGGACAGUGACCAAGACACUAACAAAGGCUCCUGCUGUGACAUGUCUGUUAGGGAGGCACUCAAGAUGAAAACUACUUCAACUAAAAGUCAACCACUUGAACAAGAACCGGAAGAGUGUAUUAAUUGCACAGAUGAAUGCCGAGUGCUUGGUCAUUCUGAUAGAUGUUGGAUGCCACAGUUCCCUGCAGCCAAUCAGGCUGAAAAUGCAGAUUACCGCACAAAUCUCUUUGUACCCACAGUUGAAGCUAACGUUGAGACUGAGACUUACGAAACUGUGAAUCCCACUGGGAAAAAGACUUUUUGUACAUUUGGAAAAGACAAGCGAGAGCACACUAUUCUCAUUGCCAAUGUGAAACCUUAUUUAAAAGCCAAACGUGCCCUGAGCCCUCUCCUCCAAGAGGUCCCCUCAGCAUCUAGCAGCCCAACCAAGGCAUGCAUUGAGCCUUGCGCCUCAACAAAAGGCUCCCUGGAUGGCUGUGAAGCAAAAGCAGGGGCCUUAGCAGAAGCAAGCAGCUCCUACCUGCCCACUGACAGUCAGUAUCCGUCACCCAGUAAGCAACCAAGAGACCCUUCCUUCAUGGCUUCUGAGCAGAUGGCAAGGGUCUUUGCGGAUGUGCACUCCAGAGCUAGUAGGGAUUCCAGCGAGAUGGGAGCUGUGCUGGAACAGUUGGAUCACCCCAACAGAGAUCUGGGCAGAGAGUCCGUGGAUGCGGAGGAAGUUGUGAGAGAGAUUGAUAAGCUCUUGCAGGACUGCCGGGGAAAUGACCCUGUGGCUGUGAGAAAGUGAGGGGGAAAGGCAUUGGUGUUUUCUUGUCUCUUCUGUUGAUUUGAAAAUGAUCACUUCCGGUGAAAACCCACUUUACAGGGACGGAAAAGGACCAGUGCUGCUUUAAGGCUUUUAGUGAACAUCUGAAGUGCCCACAAGUAUGUUCAAAUUUUCACUGCUGUUUCUUUUACAGAAAUAACAAUGGUUUUGACCAAACUUAUAUUAGGACAGAAUUAAUGAAGCUUAAGGAGAAAGGAGAAAAGAAAGAGAGAGAGAGAGAGAGAGAAGAAAUUGGAGAGAAGAAAAAGGAGGAUGAGACAAGUUACCUUUUGACAAUCUGUUAGGAAGGUAUGCAGUGAGAGACGGAAGGUAUUUCUGAUCACUCUAAGACUGUCCUCCCACGAGAUCGAUGCUGACUUAACUGUUUACCUAUAAACCCAUACAAAGCAGGGUCAUAUUUGUUAUCUGUGGUGGACUACUAGCUGACAUCACAGGCUUCUACUGAAAGUCCCGAAAAGACCUUGCAGUAGUCCAAGCUACACCAAACAUUAACACAUAUUUGUGGUAAACAUUUCUGUAUAAAGUACCUGCCAAGCAUAGAAACACAAAGACCAUUCCAUACCAUUAGUCAGAAGCAAAAGAAAAAAAAUGUAAUAAUAACAAAACAGAAAAAAAGAUAAAACAACAAAAACCCUUGGUCAUUGUAAGACACCUCAUGUCAUAUAAAAGUUCAAUGUAAAAAGAUAUAGUCUGUGUUGUCCUGAAACACAUGUAGACCUAUUCACUUCAUUAAAGAAGAAAAUUUUGAAAAAUUUAAAAUGUCUAUUUAGCAUUUUAGUGUCCAACAAAUAUAUAAAUAACAGUGAGUUUGUUUUGCAUUUGAACAGUUCUGAAUUAUGAGUUAUCAUUGAGUAGUAAUACUGAGAGAAAAUUAACAUAACUAAAAUGUUUUACUCAUUUUUGGACACUAAAAUAGCUCAGGAAAGUGAAAAAAAUGUCUUAGACAUAACAAAUCACAUGACCAUUUAAAUGUGCAGAUGUAAGAAGAUUCAAUGUGUUUACAUCAAAUGACAUAUUUUUAUUGAUUUAUUGCAGAUUCCGUGCAUAUGAGCCAAAUUGUUGAGUGUAUAAGAGCUAUAUUGUGUAUUUUAUUAAAUUAAUAUAUAGUUGUGUUGCAAAAAUAUUUGGGCUUAUAUUGUAAAUGGCAAGUGUUGCCUCGGUAGCUGUCGAACUCUAUGAGUUUUGUUUUUUCCUGCUUCCUUUUCCCCAUGGAGCGUGGGGAGCAGGGCCUCAGAGCAAAGUCUCUUGUUUAAUGUAUAGUCUACCAAGUACACAGUACACAAUUCUGUUCAAAAUGUGUUUGAGUGAGCUGAUCGAGCUAACUGAAAGGUCAGAAAAAUACAUCUGUCAGUCAUAGUUCUGUGCAAGUCCUUGUAGAAGCUUUGAUUAAAGUCAUGCUAAAUCACAAGAAUUACAUUUGUACCAAUACCUGGAAGAUUUCCCCCCCCCUUGUUUUCAGUAACACGAAGCUUCUGCCUAUGUAGAUAUCAUAGAAUUGGUUGGUUCUCAAAGUAUUGUCAGUGGUUCAGGUGCGUGCACACACAUCAUGUCCGUAAACAUACGAAACGUUCUAAUGCAUGUGUGCUACCAGUGCUGGUUACAUGCAUUGUAUACUGUGUAUGUCAAGAGAUCUGGGUCUUGAACAAAGCGUGUUUUCCUUAAUCUCUGUGACCUUCUGGCUGUUUUUCCUUCCUGUUCUUUGAGAAUAAUACCUAUGAUCCCAUCAUUGUGUUGCACCUUUUCUUGUGGCAUUUAGCAAGUUUCCAACUUAUUUCCUUAUGAGGCUAAGACAACUCUAAUUUCAGGAAUUGGGAAAAUAAAAUUAGCACUCACAGAAGUAGUAGCAGAUGGGGAAAUGCCUUGAUUGACAUUUUCCUUCAGCAUUUUUUUUUUUUUUUUUUGGCAUUUAAGAGCUUCAUGGCAAACAGUUUGAGCCCAUACCUUGGAAAAUGUGGUGCUGAGUUAAAUAAAGGCUGUUUGUGCGCUGGAUCAGGAAAAAAAAAUAUUUGAAAACUGGGAGGGAUUUCUGUGCCUUCUUUUCUGGCCACCAAGCCAGUGUAGAAACAGUAUAAAUGUCAAAAAAAAAUAAUAACCUUAUACUAAAAACACACGAAAAAGCAAAACAAACUUUGAACUAAAUUAAGUUUUGUAAUUAAUGAAAAAAAUCUGCUGGAAAUAUUUUCAUCAUUUCAGGAAAGUUUUAGAUUUACCUCACUCGCAAAAUUGCUUUUGGGUUAAGAAUGGGUGACUCCCCUUGGCUUUAUUCUCUUGAGAACUGCAUUAGGUUCUUGAUAACAGCCUUUCCACAUUUCUACUCCUGCUUUUGGUUAUCCAUCCAUGUUUAAGUUAGAAAAGAGGGGAUCUUGUAUAUGUGAAACCCAACUGACACCAUGUUUUGGACUCUUUAUGUAUCUACAACGUGUAUGUCUGUUUUAUGAUGUUACUUUUACCAGGAGACUACUUGAUUGAUUUAGCUUGAUAGGUAGUUGAAAGUUGCCGAAAACCUCUUUCCAUUUAGUCAGUCUGAGCUUUGCCUUUCUCUCACUCUCCAGAUAACCAUGUUAGUGACAUCUAAAGCAGUGUGCAAAUAAAUUCAACACAAACAAUAGGCUUUUCUUUGAAACUUCUUAGUUCUAAGUCACUAGUUGUUCAAUGUAUUGCUAAGCAUCUGAAACACUACACAAGUCUCAGAAAUGGUUGUGCCAACGUGUGAGGGGUUGACUCUAAGCUGUCACCAGAAGUCUGCUAGUGUUAGCUGUUUCAUACAUUAUCUGUACUUAGUAGUGAUUAUUUAUUUACAAGUUGGAGGUAGUUCAAGUCAGAACUCUGAGCUUCUAUAGUUGAGGGGAAUCUUGUUUUUAUUCAUCUCCCUGGGACCUGCCUUUCACGUAGAACUCUGGUGCUUGGCUUCAAAGGAAGCAUUUGUGAUGCCAAAAUCAUACCUUUGGAGAAAUAUUGGCUGUAAUGGAUAGUACAUAAUUGGGGAGAAUUGAGGGGUUUCUGGCAUUUAGAAUGCGUUUUACACACACACACACACUCACACACACACACAUACACACACACACACACACACACACACACUGAAAAUAAAUGUCCUUUAAUUCUUUAGAGGUUUUUGGGAAAUUUUAGUCAAAGAAACAAAAUGAAAAAAAAAAUGCAACAUGGUGAACUAAAAAACAAAACAUCGGUAAUGAAAUCUUUUCCUUGUCUGUUAAUGAUGAGAAUGUUUUCACUAAAAUUUAACAUAGUAAGAAUCACUGCUAUGCUAUAUCAAAGUAAACACUGAAGAAACAUAUAGAAUCUCAAAGAAGGUUGUCACAUUAUUUGUUUAUCCAACAAACUUAUCUUUAUGGCAAACAAAACAAACAAACAAACAACAAUAACAACAAAAAACUAGACCUUGUUCCAUCAAUUGAUUCGCGGAAUUACUGGGAGAGAAAUUGAUUGUUCCUUUCCCGAAAUUACCUGGGCUCUUGUAAAACAUGACUUCCUUUUAAGGAUGUAGGCUCUGUUCAAAUAAAAAAAAAUGGCACCGUAAAAUAUAGUCAUGUAGUAAUGAGCAGUAUGCUUUAUGAGAACCAGGUUAAAAGCUGUUUGUUGUCUAAUGGAGUGGAAGCUGCUGGGGUCAUCAAAUAGACCAAGGACUGGCAUACUAUAUACCUACUCAUUAUUGUCUAAUUAUGUUCUUUUGACAAGAGGCAGCAUUUACCAGAGCAUUAAUUCCAUCUGAGUUUUGGCUAUCAAGAUGUGUUGAUUUGAAACAUAAUUGAAUGAGACCUGAUUAAAGUCUGACUCUCCUGGCCCCAGUGUUUUUGCAGGUUAGCUGUGUGCAUUUAUCAGUCCCAUCAUUUCAUAAGGUUCUUCGCUGCACCAAGUGAUUGGUGAAUGACGACGACGGCGACGACGACAGCGAAAGCAGCAUACAUUGUAUGGAUUUAUCUCAACGCUAUUGUUUAAUGGCUGUGUUUCAUGUGGCCUGUCUGGAAAAUGAGGACUCCGAAUAAAAGCUAUUACUAAUA